AUGGACCCUCAUCCCUCUACCGAUGGACGCGAAUUGCACAGAGCAUUGGGGGCCCUCGAAACACGAUUGAGCAAAGCCAUCAGAGACUAUGGAAAUGAUUGCGCUAAGCGUGGGUAUGGCGACACUCAGCACCGGCAAAGGAUUCUCGCAGCAGCCAAAGCUAUUGUCGAAGAGGCCACACUGCCUCAGGAGCGAUGGCUGGAUCAGUCAACCAACUUCAGCGAGAUUGUGGCGGUCCGACUGUUCAUGUACUGGGGAGUUUUCGACCUUAUCCCCCUGGACGGGAGUAUUUCGUAUGAGGAUCUCGCCCGUAAGCUAGACGCUGAGGUCUUGCUUGUCAAUCGUAUUGCUUGGGUGCUGGUAGCAACCGGCAUUCUGGAUCAGAUUGGGGAGGAUCGUGUGACGCACACAGCUAGGUCGAAGAUCUACCUGAAGGAUGACCCAUUCGGGAAGCUUUUCAUCAUAAUGAUUGACAAUGGGCUCGUUCCCUUUGCUUCGUUGAUGAAGUACUUCGACAGCUACGGUCGCAAUGAGCCCAGGGCAAUGAGGCACAAUCCAUGGUGCUUUGCCGCAGGGGAGCCGGAGAAGACAGCAUGGGAGAUUAUGGGUAGAGACCCCGAGAGAGUACGCCAAUUUAUGGAAGGUAUGAAGGUGUUGGAGAGGUUUAUACCCGUAACUGGCGAGUACGACUUUACCUGGGUCGUUGAGAGAGCAAAACAGUGCCCCGAAGACCGCAUCUUGUUUGUCGAUAUCGGAGGUAGCCGAGGCCACGCAACAGCGGCCAUCUGCACAGAGAAUCCUGGCAUUCCAAGGCGACGCUGCAUUCUGCAGGACCUAGAAGAGGUCCUCGACGAGAUCCGAGCCACUGGUCUGGAGGAUCUGCGUGAAAUACAAUUGAUGCCGGUGGACUUCCACCAAGAGCAACCUGUCAAGGGUGCUUUAAUCUACUACAUCCGCCACUGCCUUCACGACUAUAGUGACGACAUGUCGGUCAACAUACUGAAAAACAUUGGUGAUGCUAUGGCGCGAGAUAGCAAGCUGCUGAUUGUGGAGAACAUCAUGACGAACCCACCCAAUCCGCAAUCUGCAUGGCUUGACUUACUCAUGAUGAAUGUCGGCGGCAAGGAGCGGACCCGUGCUCUAUGGGACUCGGUCAUUACCCGUGCCGGUCUGAAGAUCUCUGGCAUAUUCAGCGGACAAGCGGGGCCACACGGGACUAUUGAAUGUGUCAAGGUUUGA